UAAAACGGUUAAAGAUAAAUAGGUCGUGUUUGGUAUCAAAUUACGCGUUACACAAUUUCCUAUCGAAUUAAACCAAAAUAAACACUCCAAUCCGUAUUUAUUUUUAAAACGAUUUAAUUUUCGGUUCAAAUUAAAGGUUAAAAACGUUUCGUAACAUCACACCUAAUUAAAAAAAGCAAAAAAUUCAAAAUCAUUAAAGUAAACAUUUACGUUAUCGCUUAUCACGGUUAUUAAGCGUGUUUAGGUUAAAUAUUUAACUCAAUUUACGAACAACAAUCGCCGUUGUAGUAUAAAUACAGCGAAGAUCAUCCGAGAAACACUUAGAUUUAAAACAUUUCGAAAAAAUGAACCAAAAUAGUAAUUGUAAAGAAUUUAAAAGCAUCGAUGAUAUACUUGAAAAAUUAGAAAAAGACGAUUUAGAUGUGCUAAAAAAAGUUUUAUACGGUACCAACGUUUCAACACUAAAUCUAAACGUAAAAAGUGAUGAAAACAUCGAAAUUAAAAGUUUUCGAUUUUCCGCGGAAAAGGAAGAAUUAAGAAACCCAAAAAUCGUUCGGGUCGGAUUAUUCCAACAUCGAAUUCCUUUAGAAACAUGGGCCUCGAUACAAAAACAUCGAGAAGCUUUACAAGAAUUAGCAAAAAAAGCUAUUCAUUUAGCAGCCGAGGGAGGAGUUAAUAUUUUUUGUUUCCAAGAGGCUUGGAACAUGCCCUUUGCUUUUUGCACGCGGGAAAAAUCGCCUUGGUGUGAAUACGCGGAAGAUGCAAAAAAUGGAGUGACAACGAAAUUUUUAUCGGAAUUGGCCAAACAAUUUAACAUGGUUAUUAUAUCACCGAUUUUAGAGCGAGAUGAGAUCCACGGAGAUACAAUUUGGAACACAGCCGUGGUUAUUGAUAAUCAUGGUGAUUAUUUGGGGAAACAUCGCAAAAAUCAUAUCCCGAGGGUUGGGGAUUUUAAUGAGUCGAGUUAUUAUUUCGAAGGAAAUACGGGACACCCUGUAUUUCAGACAGAAUUUGGCCGAAUUGCUAUUAAUAUCUGUUAUGGGAGACACCACCCCCUCAAUUGGAUCAUGUUCGGGUUAAACGGAGCGGAAAUAGUUUUUAACCCCUCAGCAACUGUGGGGGAUUUGAGCGAACCUAUGUGGGGGGUUGAAGCUAGAUGUGCUGCGAUAGCCAAUAGUUACUUUACUUGUGCCAUAAAUCGGGUUGGAACGGAAACUUUUCGGAAUGAAUUCACCUCAGGGAAUGGAAAAGCAGCACAUAAAGAUUUCGGGCAUUUUUAUGGAAGCAGUUACGUUGCGAGCCCAGAUGGAAGCAGAUCACCGGGGCUAUCAAGAACCGAAAACGGCCUAUUAAUAUGCGAAUUAGAUUUGAAUUUGACCCGCCAAGUACGAGAUCAAUGGUCUUUUCAGAUGACUCAACGGCUCGAUUUGUACGCGGAAAGCUUCAAGAAAGUACUGAACCACGAUUACGAACCGCAAAUAAUAAAGAAAUCAUAAUUUUAGGCUUAAAAUUUAAUUAUUAAAUACUUAACCUCAAUAAUCAACACUUA